AUCAAAGUAUCCUCGAUUAACAAAAUGACGGCCUUGAGAUUUGUUAGAUCGGUAUGGGAGUCCUUCCGGGCUACAUCAGGCCUGGAGCCGAGAUUACUAGACAAUCUUCGAGUCACUGCAGCUCGCCCUGGUGUUGUAAACUUUGAGCUUGAUAUUAAAAAGGAACAUACAAAUCGGCUUAACAUCCUUCAUGGCGGCACGAUUGCUAGCAUGGUUGAUCUCGGAGGGUCUCUUGCUGUGGCUUCUCGGGGCCUCUUUGCCACCGGUGUCUCAACAGAUCUCAAUGUGACUUAUCUAAGCUCCGGGGGUAAAGUCGGGGAUAAAAUUUUAGCUGAGGUGACUUGCGACAAAUUUGGAAAUAAUCUUGCAUAUACCAGCAUCAAGUUCAUGAAUGCCAAAAAUGAAGUUGUGGCUAGGGGCAGCCAUACAAAAUAUGUUGCCCAUGCUUUCAGGGAUCCAAGGAACAUUGUGGAAGAGCUUAAGCCAGAACCCUGACUGCUGUCUCUUCCAACAAUGAUGAGACGCCAAAUAAGAAACUAAAGAGCGAAGUUAAUAAAUAGAUUAAAUGCCGACUAUCCCAUUUUGCACAUAAAAUUUCGCGCUUCAUAGAAUGUAUAGCAAAAAAUGUAUUUAUACAACUGCAAGCGAAUGACUGUAAAAACAUGUUUUGCUAGAUCUUACGGACACAAGAGCUGAUCACGAUGUG